AUGACGUCAUCCGAGAACGAAACCGUUUUGCAACCUCUAGACAGUCGGUCACGGUGUCAUUCUUUAUACACUUUUUGAAAGUUUUUUAAUUCAGAAAACAUGUCAACCAUGCAUAAUGCCGCGCACAGUGAUGAUCUCCUCAAAAUGGGUCGAUACUCGAUUGUACUUUGUAUUUUCGUGGAGGUCGCCAUGUUGUCACAACUGUCCAACACUAUGCUCAUGGUCUAUGCAGGUAAUAAUGUUCACGAGUACUAGUACUCAAACGUGGCACAUUUCUCUAUUCAGGAGCUCCUCCAAUCAUCAAAUCUUGCGGAAACACGACGUUCGCCACGAACGAGGAGGCGUGCGCGCAGUAUAGUUAUUGUAAAGAGCAUCAGAAUAUGACGUUUGAGCGUCAAUUCUAUGGCAUUUCCGAGCAAUUCAAACUGUUGUGCGAAGACGCAAAGUUGGAGAAGAUGGGCACUUCGAUUCAGAUGAUCGGAGUCAUGUUGGGAUGCGUGGUGUUCGGACAGAUUGGCGACCUUUAUGGAAGGAAGAAAGUGAGAUUUCAAACCGUUGACCCAAUGACUCCGGCCUUACAGCCAAUGAUGUUCUGUCUGUGCAUGUGCUUCGUUUUCGGAAUCAUGUCGGCGUUGGCUGCCGACUUCACAAAGUUCACCAUCUUCCGAACGGCACUUUGUUUCUUCAAUGGCGGCCAAAGCACGUGAGUACACUCAAAAAGCACAAAUUCAAAAUCGAAAUCAGUGCAGAAUAUCGGUGGUGUACAUGAUAGAGAACAUUCCGAAGCGGACUCGGAUGUACGUGUCCACACUGAUCAGCUACUCUCCGAAUGUGAUUCUGCUCGGCAUCCUCGCGUUCUUCUUCCAACAAUGGAGUCAGUUGGCACUCGUCAUCUCGUUUCUGACGGUGCCCGCGAUUGUCAUGUUGGCGUGAGUUCCAAUGAUCUUACAGCACUGAAAACAUUUGAAUACGGCAGGUUUCUCCACGAGAGUCCCCGUUGGUUGAUGCAAAAAGGACGAGUGGAUCAAGCGAAAAAAGUGUUUUUGGCGAUUGAGAAGUUCGACGGCGCAGCAGCACCGAGCAGCGCGUUGAACGACGUGGAGUUGGAGGAGUUUCUGGAAAAUGAGCACGAUAAAUUGGCGUCGGAGUCGAACACGCGAGUCGGGAAACAACACUCGUUUUGGCAUUUGUUCAAGACGAGAGAGAUCAUGACCGGCACGUUUGUGAUUGCGUUCACUUUGUGAGUCCACUUGUAAUCGGACAUUUUGGAGUAUCUCUAGAAUUGUAGUGUCGCGCAAAAUAAGAGUUUUUAGGCCCUAAAUCAGUCGGUCUGAAACUGAAACCAACAAUAUUUCAAUCCAAGUCUAAGACUCCAGCAAAUCCAUGUCGGUUUCCAGCUUCGCGACCACUCUGAUCAACUACUCGAUAAUGUUCAAUCUGGGCGCAGUGGCCGGCUCCAUCUACAUGAACUCCAUCCUCAUCGGCCUUCUCCGCUACUCUUUCAGCCUUUGCACCGGCUAUUUGGACUACAAAUUCGUGAAAUUCGAUCGAAAAAUGUGCCACGGCGUCUGCAGCCUCGUCACCAUCGCCAUCAUCGUCGCUAUUAUCGGCUUCUGUCUGACCGGCACCACCACGGUCUUUGCAAGUGUCAUCCGAGCCGGAGUGCUUCUUUCCUGUGCGAUGACGUCACAAGCUAUCAUUGUGGCGAGUAUCACUUCGAACGAGUUGAUGCCCACCGCCAUCCGAUCCAUUUCCUACUCGACUGCUCAGUUGUGCUCUCGGUUCGGAAUUGUUGUGGCUCCACAUGUAUUUCAUUUGGUAAGAAAUUCAAUGUUCGGCAAACUUCUGCAACUUUUGUGCAACUUGCCAGCUGCGCCAAGUUGCGUAGGCUUUGCACAAAAGUUACAAAGGUUUGCCGAGUAUGUAGCUUUAUAAAUUAAAGAAUUUCAGAAUUUAUACACCGGAAUCGAGUUUCCACUUCUUCCCUACGCAAUUUUGCUAGCCAUCGGCUUAGCCGACUUUAUUUUCUUUAGGGUAAGUUGAAAAUGUUUUGAAAGACCGUUGCUACACAAAAAUUUCAGUUUUUGAUCCCUGAGACGAAGAACAAGCCACUCGAGGAUUUCAUUGUUAACCGGAAGCGAACAGUUGAAGCGUGA